AGCGCGGUUAUAAAAGGGGCGCUGACCGUGGUUCUGAAUUACUUACGGGAUUCUACAAUCGGGUUGAGGAGAAAACGUGCUCACGAAAUUCAAAGCCCCAGACACUGCUGGUUCACUGUGUGAAGACAUAAAUACUGCCGACUACAGAGUCUACAGUCUCCGGCGCAGGAGUCAGGUGGGAUGCCAGGACGACUUUGGUACAACUGUUGCAGUUACCUUCUAUGUCUUUUGCAGGCCUGGGUCCACUUGGCUGCUACCAACCCACAUGGACACCAGAACACAGCGUGUCCUUGGUCCAAACUAAUGAAGCUCCAGUGGCCCUGUCCCUAUCCGCCUGGUACUGGUUCUUUGGCGCUAGGUCCCACCUCUGACACUUGAACUGCAAGAUGUCCGACGUGCCCACCUGGCUGGACGGAAAACACGAACUGUCCUCCCUGGCGUCCGCAGCAUUCCCCAGGGGCCCCUCGGGAGCAGGUCUAAUGCCUGCCGCAGGCCACGCCGACCAGGGUGUGGCCCUGGGCUUCGUGGGCCUCCUGGUGCUCCUCCUGCUCUUCCUGAUAGUGCGCUGCGUCCGCAUCCUGUUGGAUCCCUACAGCAGCAUGCCUGCGGUGUCCUGGACCAGCGACUACAAGGACCCGCUGGAUAGGGGCCAGUUCGACUACGCCCUGGUUUAGGAGUCGUGGGGCGGGAGGUUUCCGUACGGCGAGGCAGGCCCAAAGGGGGAGGUUGGCCCCUGACCGUUAUUCUGACCUGGGAUGAUUAAGAAAACGAGGAGGGCUGUAAGGAGGUGGGGGGGAGACGGAGGUGGGGUUUUCCAUCAGCCCGCACCAAAUUAACAGUCACCGGCUCAUUGGAAACAGUGGCAUCCAGUUUAGAGGGUAACAUGUGUACGAUACAGUAGAUUCCCUGUGUGGUGUGCCUCUUCAGUUUUGACAGCAACCUGGGGCUGCAUGGUACAAGACAGAGCAGGUCACACAGGUCAAACUCUGAGGCUGUUUUUACAGUUGUAGCCCAAUUCUGAUUGUUUUCCUUUUAGUUGCUAUUUUUAC